AGGAGAUUUGAUUGGGCAGGAAUCGAAUGAUUUGUUCAUUUUAGGACUCAAGAUUUUUCGAGUAAACCUCAGGGAUUAUAGAGUAAUGUUUACAAAUAAAAUAGAGUGGAAAUUAAAAACAAGCUCUGUUCUGUGUUUUACUGACCGGAAUUGAAUUGUGAAUGCUGAUCGGAGUGAUCCACUGAGAAUUUCACCCAAAACCCAUAAUGAGGAAACGCGAUUUAGCUAUUCUCAUGCUCUCUGCUUUCGCUAUCUUCUUCUCUCUUCAGCAUGAGGGUGAUUUCUCAUUUAGAGAGUCGUGGUUUCAUUUAUCUGAUGAAUAUCCAAUUAAAUACGAAGCCGAUCGUCUUCCGCCGCCGAUUGUGGCUGAUCUUAACGGCGACGGGAAGAAAGAAGUGCUCGUUGCAACUCAUGAUGCCAAAAUUCAGGUAUUGGAGCCUCAUUCUAGGAGAGUAGAUGAAGGGUUUAGUGAAGCUAGAGUGCUGGCUGAGGUUUCCUUAUUGCCUGAUAAAAUUCGUGUUGCUUCUGGUAGGCGCGCAGUGGCUAUGGCUACUGGUGCUAUCGAUAGAACAUAUAAGCAAGGUCAACCGCUCAAGCAGGUGUUGGUUGUGGUUACUUCCGGUUGGUCUGUGAUGUGCUUCGAUCAUAAUCUUAAAAAGUUGUGGGAAGCUAAUCUUCAGGAGGAUUUUCCACACAAUGCUCACCACAGGGAGAUUGCAAUAUCAAUAAGUAAUUACACAGUGCGGCAUGGUGAUACUGGACUUGUUCUUGUCAGUGGGAGGAUGGAAGUUCAGCCACAUAUAAACUUAGAUCCAUUUGAAGAAAUUGGAAUAGCUGAGAAAAAUGCUGAGCAGCACAGAAGAAGUGCUAGUGAGAAGGAGGCAUCAGAGAACUCUGCAACUGUGAAUUUACGACAUUUUGCCUUUUAUGCUUUUGCUGGUCGAACUGGUGUCCUCAGAUGGAGCAGAAAGAAUGAGAAUAUUGAAGCACAACCUUCAGAUGCGUCCCAACUAAUUCCACAACAUAACUACAAGCUUGAUGCGCAUGCUCUAAAUACCCGCCAUCCUGGAGAGUUUGAAUGCAGGGAAUUUCGGGAAUCAAUCUUAGGAGUUAUGCCACAUCACUGGGAUAGGAGAGAAGAUACUCGGUUGAAGUUGGCACACUUCAGGCGCCAUAAAAGGAAAACUUUGAAAAAAGUUGGGGGAAAGACAAUAAAUUAUCCUUUUAACAAGCCUGAGGAAAAUCAUCCUCCAGGUAAGGACUCGACAAAAAAAAUUUCAAAGAUCAUCGGAAAAGCUGCUAAUUAUGCUGGCUCUGCGAAAGCUAAGAAGCCAUUGCCAUAUAUUCCUACUAUAACAAACUACACUCAGCUUUGGUGGAUUCCUAACGUAGUCGUGGCUCAUCAAAAAGAAGGAAUAGAAGCUGUUCAUUUGGCCUCUGGUCGUACUGUUUGUAAGCUUCAUCUCCAAGAAGGUGGCCUUCAUGCUGAUAUUAAUGGGGACGGAGUCCUAGAUCAUGUCCAGGCUGUUGGAGGAAAUGGAGCUGAGCAGACUGUUGUUAGUGGAUCAAUGGAAGUGCUGCGACCCUGUUGGGCUGUGGCAACCUCUGGUGUACCGGUGAAAGAGCAACUCUUCAAUGCUUCCAUAUGUCAUCAUUCUCCAUUUAACUUGUUCCAACAUGGAGAAUUCUCCAGAAAUUUUGGCCGAAGUUCUGAUGUAUCUUCCUUGGAGGUAGCAACACCUAUUCUCGUCCCAAGAAGUGAUGGACAUAAGCAUCGCAAGGGGAGUCAUGGCGAUGUUGUCUUCUUGACAAACCGUGGGGAGGUGACAUCAUACACUCCUGGAUUGCAUGGCCAUGAUGCCAUCUGGCAAUGGCAACUCUUGACAGACGUGACAUGGUCAAACCUCCCUUCCCCGUCAGGAAUGAUGGAAGGAGGCAUGGUGGUCCCCACGCUAAAGGCGUUCUCUUUGCGUUCGCAUGACAUUCAACAUAUGAUUCUUGCAGCUGGAGAUCAAGAGGCUGUCGUGAUAUCUCCCGGAGGAAGCAUACAAACUUCAAUUGAUCUUCCUGCACCGCCCACUCAUGCGCUGAUAUGCGAAGAUUUCUCGAAUGAUGGGCUUACUGACCUUAUUGUUGUGACAUCUAAUGGGGUGUACGGCUUUGUACAGACGAGGACACCUGGUGCUCUCUUUUUCAGUACACUAGUGGGUUGCCUUCUAAUAGUGAUGGGAGUCAUAUUUGUUACCCAACAUUUGAAUUCCGUCAAGGGAAAACCACGUGCUUCUUUCGGUUCUCAGUAACAAACAGAAGUUGCAGAUUAGGCGUUGAUGAUUUCAAGACCUUGCAUACGAAAUAUUUUAUUACCUCACCUUGAUAGGUAACGAUCAGAUCAGAUCAUGUGUCUUACUGUAAAAUUUGCGGGACUACUCUGUAUAGGACUCUGGGCCUGAGUUAGAAAUAUUUCAUUAGAUUAUGAUGGAAAUGUCAUCUGUUGUUAUAGAAGAGCAUAUGCAUUCUACAUUUUGGUUCUGUAGUGGAAAUGUCGAAACAGACUGAUUUUUGUUUUGUGGAAAAUAGAAAUUGAACUAAAAUUACAGGUAAAAUUGAUUUAGUUUGAUUU